AUGAGUUUGUCUCGAAUAUUUGGAGAAGAAUCAUCUAUAGAAUUGACUUAUGAUUAUGAUGUUAGAGAUUUAGAUCGGUAUCUUAUAAGGCAUCAUCUGCAGAGAAAUGUGGAAGCUCCAUCGUUUUAUCACUCACCAAUUCCAAAAUUUAUACCCACCAUAGUGUUUAAUCGUGACGUGCAGAGACUGGCAAAUGAACCAAUACCAGAACAAUUUGAAGGUUUACCAACUCAAAUCGCACCAAAACUUUUCAAAGAUCCAGUUUUAUUUGGAUUGUUUAGAGGGAGAUUUUAUAGUCAUUAUUAUUUUAGGUUUAGGAAUGACCCAAGUUUUCAAUUUUGGAGGAGUGUUAAUGCAGAUAGAAUCAAACGUGAAGUAGAAGAACAAGAAUAUGAAAUGGAUCAAGGUGAAAAUGUCCAACAAAGAAUAAUAGAAUUGGGACUUGAUCAACCACAUGAUAUGCCUUUAUACACAGAUGAAGAUAUUCUUCCACAAGAUUCCUAUCAUAAUCCACCAAGUGAUAAUAAUGAAAAUGUACAUGAUAAUGAUGGCAAUGGUGAAGAAGAAGAAGGAGAAGGAGAAGGAGAAGGAGAAGGAGAAGGAGAAGGAGAAGGAGAAGAACAAGAAGGAGAAUCAUUUGAUCAAGAACUGGAACAAAAUAACCAUAUUAUCGAUAAUGAUGUACAAAGUUCAAGAAGAUCCAGAGGGUUCCCCUUUUCCUUACAUAUGAAUGGAAAUCAAAAUCAAAUGGGUGGUAAUGUAGAUGGUGAGGAAGAGUCUGAUUCAAGGCACAGAAGUAGAGGUCAUACAGGAAUAAGAAUAAGAUUACAAAAUAGAUCAAGAUCCGGAUCAAGAUCAAGAUCAAGGUCGAGAUCUAGAGUAAUUAACAACAUUGGAGGAAGAUCAAAUAGAUCACCUGAUAAUGCUAUAUCUUCUGGUGAACAAAAUAUGAAUGAUAGUAACUCUGAUGAAGCUGUGGAAAGUCAACCUUCAAGAAGACAUUUUUUCAGAAGAACUUUUAAUAAUAUGUUGAGAAGAAGUGCACCAGAUAUUGUUAGCUCAAGAAAUGAAAGACCUCCAACAAGAACAGGCUCCAUGUUUGCAGUUGUUGAUGAACCACACGAUGGAGAAACUGAACGUGAUCCAGAUGUUAGACCAUUUGAACCGACUCCUUUAGGUUCACCUGCAAGUGAUAUUUCUGCUGGAUCAGCGAUUUUAUCUACAGGAACUGAAAGUGUCCAGAUGACAAUUGAUUAUCUUGAUUUAUCAAGUGGAACUAGUGAAGAUAGACCUGACAUCUUAGAAGAACGUGCUAGAGAAAUUCUUAAUAAUCAAUAUAACCGGAGACGAGAUCAAUCUAUAGAUCCACAGGAGGUUGUUGUACGUGCUAACUCAACAAACAGAUCAAUUGUGUAUGAUUCUGGUCCUCAAGCUAGUCCAGGUGAUAUACCAAAUUUACAACAACUCAUUCCUUCAUUACCUCCAGCACCAAGAAUCCCACACGCUGAGUUAUAUCGCCCCAAUUCACCCAAUAUACCAUCUCCACUACCCUUUGAAACUAAUUUUAGAAGGAAUUCAUCUGGUACUACAAUGCUGAGGAAUCAAAGAAGAGAAAUGAUUAAUGUUAUUAGAAGGGAUAGUAUUAAUUCAAAUAGAAGUGAUGGUAAUAGAGUUGAAAUACAAUCAUCCAAUUCACUUAGACGAUCUCUGACGUUAAACCCAUCUAUACAGCCAAGUCCUGAACUUGAGAGUACGUUGUUUGUACAGACUCAAUCAUCAGUUGCUCAACAGUUAAGCUUGAAUGAAGAAAAUUUGUCAACGAUUCCAACGCCUGAACCAACAUCAACUAGAAGAAGAACUUUGAGACAUUUAAGAGGAACAAUUGGUCGUUUUAAAGAUAUAUAUACAAUGAUGGGGAGAUAUGAUGAUAAAAGUGGUACAGAAUCUUCACCUGACGUUAUUACAACAGGAGAAACUAGUGCAGAAAGUCCAAAAAGUCAUAUUGUUAAUAGUGGUACCAGUUCCAAUGAUCUUAGAUUCAGACAAAGAUUUUCACCGUUAAAACUCUCUCCUGUUCGUUCUAAAGGAUUUGAUUUCUCAGAUGUAUGA